AUGAAUGAUAAGUUCCUUUAAUUAAGAAAUAAUUAUUGCUAUCAAUACAACAAGCGAAUUAUUAAAAAUUAUGAAUAACCCUAAUAUUCUUAAAGAUUGAAAACUGAAACUCCUCCAAUUCUCAAACAAAAUAAGUAUACAUACCAUUCACCAAGAAAAUUUAUUUAAACUACUUAAGCUUCAUUUUUUGAUUAACUUAAAAAAUUUCCAACUCCUAAACCUACAGCUUAUUAAACUUAUCUAAAAUCAUUGCUAGAAAAUAAAAUAGAAAUUUAGGCUAAGUAAAAAUAUAAAUCAUCCUUCACUAUGCAUGAUAUUCAUGGUUAGAAAAUUAACACAUAUAGACAAAUAAAGGAUACAUUAAAAAAUCAAUCAAAACAUCACUAUCAAAAUAAAUCUGAAUUCAAAAUGCCUUAAAAAAUAAAAUAACAUAAUUAAUCUAAAUUUAAUUCACCUCAAAAACUUUUUUAAGAAUCAAUGAAAUAAUUAUCAAUAAAAAAAUUUGAUAAGAUUAAUGAUAAAAUAAAUAUAUGUAAGUCUUCAAAUGGAUUAUAAGUAAUUAGAAGUGAUAGAAUAAAGAAUUAUGAAGAUAAUUUUGAUGAUAUUGAACCUUGGAACACUUCUGAAUUAAAAUGA